AUGUCAUUGAACGGAAAUACGACGUCGACAGAAUCCUCCGCGAUUGAGGAGAGACAGAAUAAUAAUAACGGCGAUUCUUGGUUUCAUGGAGUCCUGCAGCGGCAGGACGCUGAAGAGUUGCUUCCGAAACACGGCAACUUUUUGCUUCGUGCUUCUGAAGUUCAUGGCAAAAUGUCAAUGAUUUUAUCGGUUCGCUACGAUGGAAAACUUCACAAUUUCGGUGUCAACUCGGAUGCUGUCGGAAAUUUUUGGUUCGAAGGAACCCAUCGGGAGAAGACUGUCGAGCAUUUACUUCAGUGGCAUAUAACAAAUGGAAUUCCAAUAACCAAAAUUUCGGGCGUCAAGCUGGGAUCACCAAUCUCGAAACCUGAUUGGAUCAUCGAUCAUGAAAGUGUGAUUUUUAUCAAAAAACUUGGGGAAGGAGCGUUUGGAGAGGUUUCACUGGCCGAGUGUGAAAUUGGCGGUCAAAAAGUGGAGGUCGCCGUGAAAACGAUGAGGUGUCAAAUGACGAGAGAAACUCGGGCGGCGUUUAUGAAAGAGGCUCGAUUGAUGAGAAAAUAUUCUCAUCCACAUAUCGUUAGAAUUAUUGGUCUCGCCGUUCAUGCUCACCCACUGAUGAUUGUGAUGGAAAUGUGUCCUCAUGGCUCGUUGCUCUCAUAUCUUCGCAAGAAUAAAACCAAAACAACACUCUCGGAACGCCUUCGUUUUUGUAUCGAAUCUGCUGAUGGACUGGCUUAUUUGGAGAAAAAACAAUGUCUUCAUCGAGAUAUUGCAGCGAGAAAUUGCUUGCUCUCGUUGACUGAUCAAAUCAAAAUUUCGGACUUUGGACUUUCGGAUGAUAAACGCACUGAAAUGCAUGACGACACGUUGGGAAAAGUGCCUGUCAAAUGGUUGGCUCCAGAAGUCAUGCAGGAUAAAUUGUACUCGUUGAAAAGUGAUGUUUGGGCAUUUGGCGUCCUGAUGUGGGAGAUCUACGCCGACGGUGCUGAUCCGUACCCAGGAAUGUCGAACUUGCAAACGAGAGCCAAGAUUUUUUGCGACGACUACCGUAUGCCGUUUCCAGAGAUUACUCCUCCAAUGAUUUCUGAAAUCGCACUGAAAUCCUGUUGGACCAAACUUCCAGCGGAUCGUUCGACAAUGAAAUUUGUUCUUUUGAAAUUGAAAGAUCUCUCGAUGCCAGUUUCUUCAGAUGUGAGCUUCAGUUUGAAAGUGAAAAGAUAG